UUCCCCAUCAUGAGUGAACCCUUCAAAGCCCCCUCGUCCCUCCUCAUCAUCGGAAGCGGUGUAUUCGGCCUGUCCACGGCCUACGCCCUCACCAAGCGGCCCGAGUGGGCAUCCACCGCUAUUACGAUCUUAGACCGCACCCCAGACUUUCCAUCCAAGGACUCAUCUUCGAUAGACAGCUCGCGCAUCAUACGCGCCGACUACGCGGAUGCCGCCUACGCGUCUCUUGCCGCUACUGCCUGGGAAGAGUGGCGGAGGCCCGGAGCAGACCAAAUCGGUGGCCAGGGACGUUACACUGAGUCAGGUUUCCUGAUCGUGGCUGACCAGGCCCCGCUCGUGAGGAAAGAUGGCAUUAAGACAGGUAUGGGGUUCACAAAGGCUGCGUAUGAGAACACGCUCCAGAUUGCCAAGAAGGAAGGCCGUGAAGAAAGUUUUGUGCAGGUAGUAGAGGGUAAGGAGGCUAUUGCCAAGGCGAGCGGGACUGAUGCCGGGUUUGGUGACUGGGGAUAUCUCAACAAAGCGGCUGGCUGGGCCGAUGCCGAGGCGUCCAUGAACUGGUUGUACAACAAAGUUGUCGAUACGGGGAGGGUCAAGUUCGUGACGGGGACGGUGGAACGGCUCGAGACGGAGGGCAAGCGAGUGACGGGCGCCAAGCUGAAGGACGGCAGCUCUGUGACGGCUGAACUGGUCAUGCUGGCUGCUGGAGCCUGGACACCAAGUUUGAUCGACCUUCGAGGACGUGUUGUGGCGACGGCACAGAUCCUCCUGUAUAUGAGCAUCACAGAUGAGGAGCAAGAGAAGCUGGGUAAGAACCCAGUUCUGAUGAAUAUGUCCCGUGGAACAUUCCUCAUCACCCCGGCCAAGAACAUCCUGAAGAUUGGCUUCCACUCCUACGGCUAUCAAAAUCCCCAAAAGGCAUCCACCGCCUUGGUCGUGCCCAAAGAUGGCGUGCCAACACCCACGGAGAUUACCGUCUCGCAGCCACACACCCAUCUCAACGAUCCCAACCUCUGGGUCCCAGCCGAAGGAGAACGCAUCGCCCGCCAAGGCCUGAGAAGUAUGGUUCCAUGGCCGUCUGUGCGCGAUCGCCCAUGGACCGGUAGCCGUACGUGCUGGUACACCGACACCCCAACCGGCGACUUCUUGAUCACCUACCAUCCGUACUGGGAGGGUUUAUUCGUGGCCACUGGAGGCAGCGGCCACGGUUUCAAAUUCCUGCCUGUUUUGGGUGAUAAGAUUGCCGACUGCAUUAUGAACAAAUGCCCGACUGAGUUUCAGGACAAGUGGGGAUGGCAGGAUACCGUCAAUGUUGAGAGAGUCAUCUUGACCGAGGAUGGGAGUAGAAGUGGGCGGCUAGGCUUGUUAUUACAUGAGGAGCUUCGCAAACAAGGGCCGCGUAUGUGA